ACUGAAUAGGUGUAGUUGGGGCGGUAUCUUUCUGGUUUGAGGUUACUGUGCAGCUUGAGGAGUUGUGUCCUGGACGGUACAUUCCUACGCUAAGUUUCGGCAAAAGGAUGCUGCGUCAGUCCGGCCUCGCGGCCAACCGCUUGCUCUGUGGCAGCGGCCUGGUACAGAGCUGCAACAACCAAGGUGCUGGCAGCAGCAAGCUGCUAUGGAACGCGAUGCUCUUCUCGUCAAAGGCGGAGGGUGCAGCGGCUCAGCAGGUUGCAGUUUCUGAGGGUGUUGCGCAGACCAUUCCUCAGUACUCCAGUGAGGCUGCGGCUGCUCUGGCCGCUAAGCGGAAGGGCCUGAUUGGAAGCGGCAUUUCCCUAAAACCAAGCAAGCCGUUUAGCGUGCGCGGCCUCGCCACUAGUAGCCCUGCAUCGGCAGCCUCGACCGCGGCGCCAGCGGCAGCGGCACAGCAGCCAACUGAUAAGUAUACUGCCCUGAAGAAAUUGCUGAAGCUUGCGGCGGCCAUGGUGGCAGCUAUGGGCUUGACGGCCACCACCGCGGCCGCGGACUCCCCCGACUACUGGCAGCUGGGCUUCCAGGACACCGCCACCAGCACGGCCCAGGCCAUGGUGGAUUUGCACCACGACAUCACUUUCUUUCUCAUCACCACCAUCACCCUGGUCUUCUACAUGAUGUUCCAGAUUGUGACCAAGUUCCACUACACGCGGGUGCUGCGGCCUGAGAAGCUGACUCACCACACCGCCAUCGAGGUGAUUUGGACUGUCAUCCCUACUCUUAUUGUGGUUCUCAUCGCCAUCCCUUCGCUUACGCUCAUCUACUCGCUUGACCAGCACACUGAGAGGCCAGGUCUGACUGUCAAAAUUAUCGGUCGCCAGUGGUACUGGAGCUACGAGAUGCACGACCAUCUGCAGCACAAGCUGCUGGACCCUGACCGCCUUGUGGGCAUCGCUGAGAAGGCGUUCGCGAAGUAGGAGGGUUGCUGGCGGUGCUCGAUUAGUUUUGAGGGAGGACAGGUACUGCGGCGUGGGGUUAUUGCGCGCUGAUGCCCCUGUGCUGUACGUUCUGCGGUUUAAGGCUGGCGACUGCUUUCCUUUGACUUGAAUCGGUUGUUGCUGUGGCGCCGGCGAUGCCUUAUCUUGGGCUCGCUGUGCGGGGCUUAUUGGCGCAUGGGGAAAGGUGCGCUCCCGGAAGGUGUGCGAUGUCGUCAUUUAGCUCUUUGGCUUAACAACUUGGGAACCUGAUACAGAGACAUGCGCUCCCUAAGCUUGAGAAAUGGGGUUCUCAUCAGUAGGCUUCGGUCGUCGUUGUGCAUUGUUAACACUAGGUUAAAAGUGUCGGAGCGUGCGUGCUUUGCCAAUGGACUUGUUUUCUUUAAAUGAUUGUAUAUAUUACCCUUGUAAGGCUGUAAGGUUGUCU